AUGGGAAGAGCACCCUGCUGUGAGAAAGUAGGACUGAAGAGAGGAAGAUGGACAGCGGAAGAGGAUGAAAUUCUCAUCAACUACAUCAAGCAAAAUGGUGAUGGAUCUUGGAGAUCUUUGCCUAAAAAUGCAGGGCUGUUGAGGUGCGGGAAGAGUUGCAGACUGAGGUGGAUUAAUUACUUAAGGGAUGACUUGAAGAGAGGCAACUUCACUCGCGACGAGGAAGAAACCAUCAUCAAGCUCCAUAAAUCUCUUGGCAAUAAGUGGUCAUUAAUAGCAAGCAAUUUACCAGGGAGAACAGAUAACGAAGUAAAAAACUACUGGAAUUCCCAUCUCAGUAGGAAGAUCUACAGUUUUAGGUCAUCCUGCAAUGGUUCCAUGGUAACCACCAUUGAUAUGGUUAAGAUGGCUGCCACCAGUAAUAAUAGGAGCACCAAGAGGAAAGGCGGUCGAUCAUCAAAGCCGAGGAUGAUAGCUGGAUCAUCAUCAUCAUCAACAACAGACAAAGUUGAAAGGGAAGGCAGUGUUAGCAUUACUAAUAGUAUUGAUGAUAGUGGCCUACUAGGGGGAUGGUGUGAGUCUUUUCUAGAAAUGAUGGAACAUGAAAAUGAAGUAUUGGGACCAGAUAAUUGGGGGACUGAACCAAUAGCUGAUGAUCCAACAACAUUGCUUCUUGAACAAUUUCUGCAGGGUGAUUCGGUAAUGGAUUUGAGUGAGAUUUCAGUGCCUAAUAGUAGAAGUGAAGGGGAGGAGGUACCCGGACAAAGUUUCAUGAUGGUAGAUCAUCUAGGAAGUGCUUCAGCAGUUACACUUAAUGAUAUUAACAACGAAAGUGACAAUGGUACCGCAAAUUCAUCAGGAGACACUAAUGAGGGGUCCCUGUAUGAAUGUUUCUCGCCCUUAGUUACUAGUUAUUACGACUCACUUUCAUGGGAUAAAGAAUAUGUUGCCAAAGAGUUCCAGCUCUGGGAUGAUGAUGAUGAGCUACUUUGGCCAUAG